AUGGAGUCUACACCGGUGAAUUGGGAAGCUCUUGAUACUGUGGUAAUCGAAUUCGCCAAAUUGGAAAACCUGAUCGAAGAUUCUUCUUCUCCCUCCCCUUCCCCUUCUUCUUCCUCUUACCACUCCAGACUCAUCAUCCGCCAGAUCAGACGGUUCUUGGAAACCGGCGCAAUCGACGCCGCUGUCGAUCUCCUCCGUCUCCACGCUCCCUCCAUCCUUAACGAUCACAGGAUUCUCUUCCGUUUGCACAAACAGAAAUUUGUUGAGCUUCUUCGGAAAGGGACGAGUGAGGAUCGAGACUCUGCUAUUGAUUGUUUGAGGACAGCUCUUGCUCCUUGUGCACUCGAUGCUUAUCCGGAAGCAUAUGAGGAGUUCAAGCAUGUUUUGCUCGCAUUUAUAUAUGAUAAAGAGGAUAAGACUUCUCCUGUGGCAAAUGAGUGGUCUGAAAGAAGGAGGCUUGACUUAGCUGGAUUUCUGUCUUCUGUGUUAAGAGCUCAUUUAAAUGCUUAUGAUCCAAUUUUUUCAAUGGCUCUGAGAUAUUUGAUAAGCAUACACAGGAUAUAUUGUUUACGUCAAGGUAUUACAUCACCCAUCUCUGAUCUGACUGAAAGAUUGCUCCUGGAGGAACGUGACCCACCUGCAACGCCACAGGACAUAUUAUAUGAAGUGCCACCAUUUGAUGAGGUGGACAUACAGGCUCUUGCACAUGCUGUAGAGCUUACCAGACAAGGGGCAAUAGAUAGCUUGAGAUUUGCGAAGGGUGAUUUAUUCCUGGCAUUUCAGAAUGAGUUGUGUCGGAUGAGAUUGGAUGUACCAUUCCUUGAUCAACUUGUACGUGAGUAUUGUGUGUACAGAGGAAUUGUCAACUCCGCAUUUGGGAAGCAACAUAUGCCAGAACCUGUAAAAUCCAACCAACAAGACCCUGGCUUUUGCUCAUCAAGGGAUUGUUCUCUUGAGCUAGAUUAUAAUGCCAGUAAACAUUCUGAUGGUGAAACUUCAGUUACCAAUGCUCAAAUGGACGACUCUCCUGAAAAUAAUGCUGAUGUGACAAGCAUGCAAGGAAUAGAUUUUGAAGUACGAUGUACUUCUGAGCUUGCAAGUAUUCAUGAAGACUGUAGCACCAGUGGGUCGCAGCACCUUGAAGAUCCAAAUGUUUUGUACCGAAGCAGAUUGUCUGGAAAUGGAGAACGGGCAAAGCGCAAGCGAUGGAGAGGACGAUAUGAUGACAAUAGUUACUUGGCCAAUGCUUCUUUGGAAGAGCACAACAAGCAAGAACGUAGCAUAAGCACCACUGUUUCAACUUUAUCCAAGGAAAAACAGGGCUCUGAAAAGGUUUCUGUACAAGAUGGUAGUAAUGUGGAAAAUAAAUAUGAGAUUCUGUUGGGUAUGAAGGAAUUAGCUAGCAAAGGAAUGGCUGCUGAAGCGGUUCAAGAAAUCAGUACUAUUGAUCCAAAUUUCUUUGGUCAGAAUUCUGUUUUGCUCUUCCAACUCAAGCAGGUUGAAUUCCUCAAGCUGGUCGGUUCUGGUGAUUAUAAUGCUGCUUUGAAGGUUGCUUGCUCUCAUCUGGGUCCUUUAGCUGCUAGUGAUCCCACUUUAUUAAAGCCGUUGAAGGAAACUCUCUUGGCUUUACUACGACCUAAUGAAGAUGCUCUUGGAAAUGCAUUACCUCUACACGCUCUAGCUGCUUCUCUCCAGGUUGCAGUUGGACGGAGGCUUGGUAUUGAAGAACCUCAACUAAUGAAAAUAAUGCGAGCCACACUUUAUAGUCAUAAUGAAUGGUUUAAACUUCAAAUGUGCAAAGAUCGUUUUGAAGGUCUUUUGAAGAUCGAUUCCUUGAAGGAAGCUAAUACUACCUUCCUGGCUCCAGUAUAUACGUCCAAGUCAUAUGCUGAUAGCUGCACAAAUGGAUCUUCUCAGGUCACAGUGUCUUCAGGCACUAAAAUGUCAGAGGAUGGUAGCAGUCCAACCCAAGAGUCUUCCAGGGAUGUCAUCUGUGAUGAAAAUGCAAUACUCAAAGUAAUGGAGUUUUUGGCUUUGCCUAGGGCUGAUGCUAUCCAUCUGCUUGCCCAAUACAACGGAAAUGCCGAGACAGUAAUUCAGCAGAUAUUUACGUAG